CUAACUGUUACACCGUCAGAAGAGGAAACGCUGGAGGACUGAGUGUCUGUAGCAAGUCAACACCAUCUGGAAGAUUGGAAGCGACAUGUCUGCCAGUCUCACCACAGACAGCAGUUCCUCUGGGUUCACCACUGCAGCCCCCCCCAGCACGGGUGUCAGUGUGGAGGCUGCCGACAUCGCUGUGGUUGUCGUCUACUUUAUUUUUGUCAUGGGGGUUGGAAUCUGGUCAUCAGCCCGAGCCAGUCGCAGCACUGUGAGGGGGUACUUCUUGGCUGGCCGAUCAAUGAGCUGGUGGCCUAUCGGAGCCUCUCUGAUGUCCAGUAAUGUUGGCAGCGGUCUGUUUAUCGGCCUAGCGGGAACAGGAGCAGCCGGAGGCAUCGCUGUCGGGGGAUUUGAAUGGAACGCCUCGUGGGUGCUGGUGGCUCUGGGUUGGAUCUUCAUCCCCGUCUACAUCUCCGCUGGUGUGGUCACCAUGCCGGAAUACCUGGGCAAGCGCUUUGGCGGCCAGAGGAUACGCAUAUACAUGUCUGUCCUGUCACUCAUUCUCUACAUCUUCACCAAAAUAUCUACAGAUAUUUUUUCGGGGGCGAUGUUUAUCCAGGUGUCGAUGGGCUGGGAUCUCUACCUGUCCACAGGUAUACUGCUGCUGGUCACUGCUGUUUACACUGUGGCAGGUGGUUUGGCAGCAGUGAUCUACACUGAUGCGCUCCAGACUUUGAUCAUGGUUGGGGGGGCCUUUGCACUAAUGUUCAUAGCAUUCUCCAAAAUUGGUGGGUACGAGGGCCUUGUGGAGAGUUAUAUGUUAGCUGUUCCCUCUGUGACAGUCGCUAACACCACCUGCCACCUCCCUCGCAGCGACGCCUUCCGCCUGUUCAGAGACCCGGUGUCAGGGGACCUGCCCUGGCCCGGUCUGCUGUUCGGCCUCACCGUACUGGCUACAUGGUGCUGGUGCACAGAUCAGGUUAUAGUCCAGAGGUCUCUGUCUGCCAAGUCUUUGUCUCAUGCCAAAGCAGGCAGUGUGUUGGGAGGCUACCUCAAAGUGCUGCCAAUGUUCUUCAUCGUCAUGCCAGGGAUGAUCAGCCGAGCACUGUUCCCAGAUGAGGUAGGCUGUGUGGAUCCAGCAGUGUGUCAGAGUGUGUGUGGAACUCCAGUUGGCUGCUCCAAUAUAGCCUACCCUAAACUAGUGGUGGAGCUAAUGCCUGUGGGUCUUCGUGGUCUGAUGCUAGCAGUGAUGCUAGCUGCUCUGAUGUCAUCUCUGACCUCUAUCUUUAACAGCAGCUCCACUCUGUUCACCCUGGAUCUAUACCACAGAGCCCGGCCUGCAGCCUCAGAGAGGGAGCUCAUGAUAGUGGGACGGGUGUUCAUCCUUGUCUUGGUGUGUGUUAGUCUGUUGUGGAUUCCAGUCAUCCAAACAGCCAACAGUGGACAGCUGUUUGAUUACAUCCAGUCAGUGACCAGCUUUCUAGCUCCGCCCAUUACGGCUGUUUUCCUGAUGGCUAUCUUCUGGCCACGUGCCAACGAGCAGGGUGCAUUCUGGGGUCUGAUGAGUGGCCUGCUGGUGGGACUGAUCCGCAUGGUUCUGGAGUUCUCCUAUGCAUCUCCCUCCUGUGGUCAGCCAGACCGGCGGCCUGCUGUCCUGGCCGAUGUCCACUACCUGUACUUUGCUCUCAUCCUGCUGGCGCUCACCUGCCUGGUCAUCGCUGCUGUCAGCCUGGCCACCGCCCCGAUACCUGCUCAACAUCUGCACCGGCUGACCUGGUGGUCCAGACACAGCCAGGAGCCUCGGAUUGACCUCACGGCUCCCCAGAUGACCUCUGACCCCAGUCCGGACUCUGAGCGGGGGCCAGAGUCGCGGUGGAGGAGCAUUGCUGCGCGGCUCUGCUGUCUAACCAGCCCGAGCUCUGGUUCUGUGAGUCCAAAGGCGGAGAGCAGCGAGCUGAACUCUCUGGCGGAGCGGCCGCUCUGGAGACGCGUGUGCAACGUCAACGCCCUGCUGCUGCUGGCCGCUAACGUCUUCCUCUGGGGAUACUUCGCCUGAUCCAUGAUCAGUAAGGUUACACUGGUGGACUGGACUGGCAUUUUAUCCUUUUUGGGUCAAUGAAAAGAAACAAAAC